UACUCCCACAGUCCCACCCAUUAUUAUAAAUAAAAGCGGUGUAAGAGCACGAGGAAUAGCUGAGAAUAAUAGAUACAAAGAUAAAUUUAGAACCAAUUUCACAAGUUACACACUCAAAAGUGAGCUCUCAAUUAAUAACAACUUUCAAUUGGGUACUUAAAAAUUAAAAAUAAUUUGUGGGUUUUUCUGGGUUUUUUGUGGGUACGUGAAUUUGUUUUUUUUUUUUUUUAAAAAAAAAAAAUUAGGUAAAAAAAUUUGAUCCAAUGGAUGGGAAGAAAAAGGGGUUGGAAGGAGGGCAGGUAUUGGACGGUUCAGAUAUAAUGGAGUUAGUUGAAAAUAAAGAGGUGUUCAGUAAAUAUGUGGAUCAUAAGUUCAAAGAGUUGGAUUGUGAUAAUGAUGGUAAGUUGUCAGUGAAAGAACUUCAACCUGCUGUUGCUGAUAUUGGUAUUGCUCUUGGUCUUCCUCCUAAGGGUUCUUCUCCUGAUUCUGAUCACAUCUAUUCUGAGGUUCUGAAUGAAUUCACUCAUGGUAAAGAGGAGAAAGUGAGCAAGAGUGAGUUCAAAGAAGUUUUGUCGGACAUCCUUAUAGGCAUGGCAACUGGACUAAAGCGAGACCCCAUUGUCAUCCUCCGUAUCGAUGGUGAAGAACUCAAAGAAUAUAUAAAUAGCCCUACUUUUGAAAUGGAUAUGGUGUUAAUUUUCUCCGAGAUUGCAAUACCUAAUGGAACUACCCGCGAUUUCAUUGUCAAGGCUUUGCAAAAGCUCGGUGUUGAUCAUGGAUUGCCUCCUACUUCGGACCCUUGGGUUAUGAGCAAUAUUGUGGAACCAGCUUUUGACUCUUUUACUCGGGACUGUAGUAAUGAACAACAACCAGUCUCUCAGGAGACUUUCUUGGUGGAACUUAAGAAAGUACUCGAGAUUAUAGUUGAGCGUCUUAAAGAGCAGCCUGUGAUUGUUGCACAUACUGAGAACACCUAUGAUGGAAGUGGAAUCAAGAAUCUUCUAGCUAACAAGUUUGAAACAGACAAGGUACUGAAUGCGACACUGGAAACUCUACCCAGAGAUAAGCAUGGAAGAAUGUCGAAGGAGCACCUUCGACUGGCAUUAGAUUCAUUGGCUUCAUCUGCUGGUUUGCCUCCUUAUGGUGCUAUUGUUGAGAUGGACAAUGUUAUCAAUGAAGUGUUGAAGAUGGUGGGUGCUGAUGACGGGAAACUUGUAAAAGAAGAAGAGUUCAAGAAGCUGUUGUUGGAGAUCUUAGGGAGUAUGAUGUUACAAUUAGAAGGUAACCCUGUAUCGGUUUCUACUAACUCGGUUGUGCACGAGCCCCUUGCCGAUCCUUCAUCGUUUUUGCAGACAUCGACCUCAUGAUCUUCUUAGCUGUGUUACUGAUAUUGCAUAUUUGCAUAUAGCAAUAACAAACCAGGCUUAAAUCUAGAUUCUGUCUAAAAUCACUUGUGUUGUAACUGUAUGAAAAUUUCAGCUCAUGGCAUUAGUAAAUCUUUGUGUUGUUAAUGUUUUGUAUACCGUGUAUCUAUUGUACUUCAGUCAUGUAUUACUUGUAUUCAAAAGGGUUACUUUGUUAGUGUUCUGCUUGAGCAAUGUGAAUGUAUGUAUUGUUAA